AUGCCUCACAUUGACGAAGCUCAGGCGGUUGAUUUGGAGGUUAAGGAGCUUUGGCGGCCUUCUUCCCCCGAGUCAACCCAAAUCCACGAUUUCAUGACAAAAGUGAACAAGAAAUACGGCCUCUCUUUGAAUGACUACAAUUCUCUCUGGCAAUGGAGUGUAUCUGAGCCAGCUCAGUUCUGGGAACAAAUCUGGCAUUACACACACAUCAACGCCCACAAGCCAUACCAAAAGGUAUUGGACACAACAGACGUGCUGUUUCCCAGACCUUCUUUCUUCGAAGGAAGCAAAUUGAAUUUCGCAGAGAAUCUUCUCUAUCCAGCUACUGCACCGGAUGAGAAUUCGGUGGCAAUCAUUGGCGCCACUGAGGCAGCCCGUGAGUUCAUCUCAUGGAAAGACCUCCGAGAUCGUGUUCGGCAGUGUGCCAAUGCGCUGAAAGAAGCGGGCAUUGAAACCGGCGAUCGUGUCGCUGGCUUUGUGGGAAAUCAUGCCACUACUGUUGUGGCCAUGCUCGCAGCAGCUUCCAUCGGUGCCUUUUGGACCGGAGUAUCACCAGAUACUGGUGUACAUGCAGUUCUUGAGCGACUGAAGCAGAUUCAACCCAAAAUUCUUUUUGCCGACAACGGCUCUCUUUACAAUGGGAAAGUGCAUGGCUCACACGCCAAGGUCUGGGAGAUCGUUUCCGAAUUACCGGAUCUUGAGUUGCUGGUGCUGCUGGUGACUGCCCCUGAAUUGGAGAUCAACCUUGAUGACCUGACACCUGCCAAUGGCAAAGCGAAGGUCUAUGAUGCUUUUUUGUCUGAGGUCCAAAAUCCCCAGGCCCCAUUGGAGUUCGCAAGUCUGAGCCCAGAACACCCUGUUUACAUCCUAUACUCGUCUGGCACCACUGGUGCCCCGAAGCCCAUUGUACAUGGAUCUUUAGGAACUUUGUUGCAGCACAAGAAGGAACAUCUACUACACUGUGACAUUCGAUCGGGCGAUCGCUUGUUCUACUUCACGACAACCACCUGGAUGAUGUGGCACUGGCUAGUAUCUGGAUUGGCAAGUGGCGCAACAAUCAUUCUUUAUGAUGGCUCACCAUUCCGACCCUUUGACGCCGAGGGCGGAAAAGGAGAAAUGGCUAUGCCACGCUUGAUCGAGGAACUUCAAAUCACACACUUCGGUACAUCGGCUAAAUAUCUUUCCCUUUUGGAACAAGCCGCUCUGAACCCACGCAAACAUGCCGUCCGCCCAGUGUCAUUGAAGACAUUGAGAGCAAUCUUCAGUACUGGUUCCCCACUCGCUCCUUCGACCUUCGAGUAUAUCUAUUCAUCCUUCCACGACGACAUCAUGCUCGGUUCCAUCACCGGUGGCACUGAUAUUCUCUCCCUUUUCGCCUCCGGAUGUCCUAUUCUUCCAGUGUAUAAAGGAGAAAUUCAAUGUCGCUCUUUAGGCAUGGAUAUUUCAGUCUUCGACUAUGCCGGCAAAGACAUCAGUGCAUCGGGUGAGCCCGGAGAUCUCGUUUGCGUCACUCCAUUCCCAGCGCAGCCAGUGAUGUUCUGGCCCCCUGGACCUGCGGGACUUGAAAAGUAUCGCAAGAGCUACUUUGAUGUAUUCGGCACCUCGGUCUGGCAUCACGGAGACUACGUACGCUUGAACCCUGAGACAGGGGGAGUGGUCAUGCUAGGCCGCAGCGAUGGUGUUCUCAAGCCAUCUGGUGUACGAUUCGGAAGUUCUGAGAUUUACAACAUUCUCCUGAAGCAUUUCGCCAGCGAAAUUGAAGAUUCUCUUUGCAUUGGCCGGAGACGUGAGGGCAUUGAUACAGACGAAACUGUCGUUUUGUUCGUCCGGCUUGCUUCCGGUGAAUCGAGCAUGCCACCAGAUCUUGCGACUCGCAUUCAAUCCACGAUUCGCAAGGAGUUGAGCCCACGCCAUGUCCCGGGAGUAAUUGACGCGUGCCCGGAGAUCCCGGUGACCUCUAAUGGCAAGAAGGUCGAGAAUGCUGCCAAGCAAAUCUUGUGUGGGCUUAACAUCAAGAUCGGUGCGAGUGUUGCGAAUGCGUCAUGUCUUGAUUGGUAUCGUGCAUGGGCAUCGAACAAUUCUUAG